AUGGGGUGGGAUUUCCACCAGGAAGUCAGAUGUCAUCAAGGAGAUCGUAGAGAUGGUCAAGGAAAAGCCAGAGCUGUGCCCCCAAGUUCUGGUCAUGAUGAGGCAAGGUAUGUUUCAGGACCCUCGUCUGAAAGCAUUUUCGCUACAAGGUACACAGACAAGUGUCGCAUGCGUGUCUCUUCACAAGGACAGUCAGGAGGAAGUGAUGAAGAACUUGCCCAGUCGGCCCGUUGCUGCGGCAGCAGCGGCCAGAACGCGUCUGAUCUCCUGGUGCGUUUCUGCCUCUCUAAAAUGAGUGCAAAGUUCGACUUCAUGGAUAUGGGAACAUGUCCGGAGGACGCCAAAUCUCGCAAAGACCUGUGGCUGCUUGGCUACUUGACACGUUUUGGCGAGGGCGCACGCGUUGUUCCUGGCCCAUUUGCCACGACAAGUCAGGAUGUGGGCCAUCGAUUGUUCGGAGAACACCAUGCUCCCUGUCGGACGCUCCCGCAAGGCAAAGAAGGUUCCGUGCUGAAGGCCAAGGCAAGUGGGACCAAUUUGCGAUUCAUGUCAUAG